UCAGGCUAUAAGUACUCCCUAUGUAGGUGACAAAGCACCAGUCUAUCUGAUUUCUUCUAAGGACAGGUGCACAGGACUGAAAUCCAGAUAAAAAGAGGAGCACAGACACAGACAAGUGUCUGGUAGGAUGGGCAGGAUAUCGGCCUCAGCUGUCCUUUUUUUAAUAUCAGGAAUACUACUUUCAAAUCACUGUAUAAAUGGACGGGAAGCGGCUACUGUUAUAGCUUCAGAAUCCCCAGUAGAAUUAGGCUCCUGGACCUUUGAAUCAACAACGGUAGCGGGAGUUGUAGUGACGGAUUCUCUAAUUUGCCCCUCGUACAUUCAAUCUGGUCAGGAAAUCUGCUCCCACUAUGUUGGACUUGAUGAUCUAGUUAAUUAUCUAGCAAGUGAACGUUUUGAUGUGUGCAGCACUUCUUUUCAACACUAUGCUUGUGCAAACUUGAGCAAUGUUGCAGAAAACACAAUCUAUAACAUCCUCAAUUGCUUCAUUACAAACCCUGAUGCGAUCCUCACACAGGGAGCAUUCUCACUUUUCUUCAACCAACUCAGUUUGGACACAAUUGGGUUUGUGUUGAACAAGAUCAAUCGUAUGAUUCCUUCUUCAUCCAUUACAUCUGCCAGCAGAAAGUAUGUGUUGACUGCAGUGUGGGAGAAACUGAGACAAGAUCCAGAAAAUCUAAACCCCGGUUUGCUAUCUAUUUGGUUUCGCGAUAGGCUGUAUGCCUUCAUACCCGCCAUCAACAAUGAGAUCCUGGACUGUGUAACCACCACAACAGUGACAUGUGAUGGACUGGAGGCCAUUGUCCAGGCACUGGAUUUGCAGUAUUCUUCAUUUAGCAAUGAAACUAAAGAUGACAUUGGAAUGUGGAUAACCAAAUUCAUCAAGGCAAAAUCUUGCAUGAAAGACACCUUAGCAAACUCAAUUGAUGUCUAUUAUGCGUACUUUAAGACAAACAUGAACUUUGAAGACUUUCAAGUGGCUUUUGGUAAUCAGAACUGGAAUUCUGCGAUAAGCAGCUUCACUGAGAUACAAUUGCACCAAUAUGUUGCAAGUACCAAUGCAUUUAGCAGCCAAGAAUCCUCGAGUGUGGUGAUUAAUCUGCUGAACAGCAAAGACCUUCGCUUCAAUUUUGGGUUCCUGAUCAGCUUGCCAGCCAGCAAUUACGAUGUCAACGUCCUUUUUUCCUUGCUGAGUAAUCUUGUGGACAAACUAAACAGCAAUGAAGAUCCCCUCUGUAAGCCUCAACUAACCGCCAUCUUCCAGGAAAAACUUACUUAUUUGCUCGUAGCGACCAAUGAGAUUAUCCUGAAGAAGCUUGUUAUAACAGACUGCGCUGAGUUCCGAGACAUCUACAAAGGAUAUGAUAUAGUCUAUGAUCAACUCUCCGAUGACCUCAAGCAGCUAGUGUUCCAAUACAGGAUAAAGUUUUUGGAUGCUGAGGCUGCUAGAUUAGGAUCUGCAUGCAUGUGUGACUUCAACAGUGUUGACUGGCUGGUGAACAAUUUGGGGAGAUCAGUUGAAUAUGCAACCUAUGCUGACCUAAUUCGUCUCAACCUAAAUUUUGAUGGCUACCAAGCUAUUUCAUAUUUGAACAUAAAUCAGACUAUCGAUUUGUGCAUACAAACCAACAUCUUCACUUCCGAUUCUCCCAGUGACAUUCAAAAUCAUGUUAGAUCAGUAACUAAUGACUUGGACAAUAAAGGAUAUACAUAUAUGAGGUCGUUUCUAACGGAAAUGAGAACCGCCUUACCUAGGCGUAACAUUAAUUUCUCUUUGAAUAUCCAAGUACGGUUCCAAUUUUUGGAAGGCAUGUGGGGAACAAUGAAGACACAUUUUAAAGAGUUCAAAUCAAAUGACUGGAAAAACUUUACUGACUCCAUAAGCUACUUCUCAUCAGCAAUUAGAAGUGAACAACUUUCCGAUCUGCCUAUCGAUGUGGUUGAAGAUUGCUCUAAUCUGCAGACAAUUGUGAGUGGUGUGGGCUCUGGUUACAGUGAAAUGGAUCAAAAUUCAAUAUCAGACGUCACAAACUGGAUCUCAAAUAUCCUCAGGAAUGAGUCAAGCCACUGCACAAGUGGAGCGUCAGAUUGGCUUGUUGACAACUACAUGGAAUUUAAACAAGACGUUAGCGUUGCUGUAAUCCUAGAAAUCAACCCUGCUUACGAUUUGUCGGAUUCCAUUGACAUAUUGGCUCCAGACCAACUUGGACAGUUUAUCGUGCUGGACUCUGAGACACACACCAAUUUAACAGUUGUAGAAAGGGUCUUUACAGUACUUACUAAUGGUACUCAUGAGGAAAAUGUGGAAAACUUGGGCAAUUUCUGGGAUUCUUUUGUUUUUGAGUAUGAAAAGGUUACGACAUUUUCCCAUGAGGUAAGGCAUUACCUGUUGUCUGAAACAGUCUCAGAACUCUCCACAAGUUUUGUAAACUUUACUUCAGAGGAGACCACCCUCUGGUUCGAGACAAGAAUGUACCCUGUUUUGCCUGUAGUUGACGUUGAAGUUCUAAAUGAAAUACCUGUGCAAGAAGUGGGAUGUGGAUUCCAAACAUCUUUCGUACAAGCCCUUAGCUUUGUCUACAGUGACACACUUGAUACAAAUAGGAUGGACAUCACUGACUAUAUUCAGAAGUACAUGAACAAUGAUCAACAAAACAGGCCAGAAGCUGAAAGAUGUACAACACAGGAGAACAGCACUGUCAGUUAUAUUCAAAACUAUUAUGGAGGCUACUCUGUGAACGCCAGCUAUGAAGAAAUUAAAAUUAAUUUCAUAAACUUCAACGUGUUCCAGUCGGGAGUCCUUCAGAUACUGACUACUGACCAGUGUGGAGACGCGUUUGUGCUGGAGAAUGUUUAUGAGAGUGAAGAGAAAGUCAAUCAAAUGUUUGCUUACCUCCAGACCCAAACCAUUGAAACUGUAGAUGCUGUUCUGACCCGCUUCUCUGAGACUGGCUACAGGAGAAACAUCCAAAUUAACACGACUAUCGGACAGCAGAUACUGCAACAUUAUUUCUAUAUAAUUAGGACUCAAGUGACAACAUACACCAUAACACAAAUACGAAGACUGUUUAUGUAUAGGAUUUAUAUCCUGAUUCAGUUCUUUACAAGGGAGACCCUGUCGGUAUUUGUUAUCCGGGACUGUGAAACACUUUCUGUCAUUGUGAGCCAGUUAAAAAACGGUUUCAGCAAAAUGUCCGAUUCAACCAGAACAGAAAUUGCCAACUGGAUAAUCGACAACCUGAAGAGUUCAUCCCUCAAUGGUUGCACAAGUACUUACACCACCACAGUCGAAUGGACAAACAGCACCUUUGGUGGCUUCUUCAUGUACACCACUCUGAAACAGGUGCAAGAGAUUUAUCCCCAACUGGAUGUGUUAGAAAUCAUCACAGAAACCAGUGUCUCACAGAAAGUUGAAUACCUUUGUACGUCUAGCGUUUUGACGAAUGUGACUGUAACUAUGACAGUCUUGGAGUCUUUGGCGGGACAGGACGGUGUUACUUCUGCAAAUGAAGUGGUCACAUUCUUGGAUGACUUCAAUGUAGCUUACGAGCAGCUCAAUGUCAAGACUAUGACCACGGAAGUGAGACAGGAAGCCGUGACUUACCUGUUUGAAAGCUAUACAUCUGAUUUCAAUUCCUUGACGACGGAACAGAUUUCACAUUUCGAGGAGACCUUUCAAUAUUUCAUAGGGGGCAUCACAUCUGAAGUGGUCCAACAGAUCCCAGUCACUAUAAACUGUGACUCCUACAACAGCAUACUUAGUGGCAUCAGCAGUGGGUUUGAUGAAUUUUCAGACGACGUCAAAAGCGCUGUGUUUAAUUGGAUCAUAAGCUACCUGGAUAACCGUAAACAAAGCUCUUCAGAUGAUUGUAGCAGCUUGUACACAGAUAGUAGAAGUUAUAUUCAAGUCAUCUUCCAGAGCUUUUCCUCUGAAGCUACAAUCUAUCAAUAUGAGUACUACUACAGCGAGUUUAACGGGUAUACCUGCCUGGACCUCUUCUCCGGUACACAGCUGGGCAACCUUCUUGCGAAUACCACAGCAAUCACAGACCAACUGGAUGCAGCCCUGAUCCUUGCUGAAGUGAGAGAUCGUGAUUUUGAGAAUGUCACAUCAUUUAUGACCGAAGUAAACGCGGUGUGUCAAGAGAAAAACUUAACACAGCUGCCAGACAGUAAUAUCCAGAACUUGAUUUUCACAACGGUGUGGUCAACAGUGACUGAGACCAUAAAGACAUCUACGGAAUACAAAUUAUGGUUUGGAGACUUAUUCAGCUAUGUGAUCUCAAGUUGUACGGCUUCCGACAUAGCCUCCAUUAGAAGCGAUGGCACUUGUUCUUCCCAACGCUACGUGGUUGAGGGCUUCAGUAACGUUUACUCCGACCUGGAUGAUGACCAAAAACAAGCCAUGUAUAGGAGUAUCAAAUCAUUCAACCAAGAUGUCCUGAGUAAUACAGCUUCUGCUUGCUCAACUGAUUCUGGAAGCAGUGAUGACUGGAUUCUGACAUUCUGGGGAGAAUUCAAGGCACAGGCUACACUUGAGGAUUUUAAAGCAUGCAACCCAAGCUUCAACACAUCUUCUGCCCUGGAUGUAUUCAGCGGUUCUCAGGUGGCACAAUACGCUAUUUCCAUUGGAGCCCUGAACAGUGAAGAAGCCAUUACUCCAAUAUUGGACAGCAUAGACACCCCUAACAAAGUGAAAGACUUUUUAGACCUGUGCAACAGCCAGGCUCCGGUAAGUUGUAAACUGUUGCGCAUGACUGUUUUGCCAACAAGAAUGUGUCAAUGUCAUUUCCACUUAAAGUGGUAUUAAACCCAAAAACAAACA